GAUAUCAUGGAAGCAGAUGACUAUUACACCAAAGAUGGAACAGUUGAUUAUCGUAAGAACCCUGCUGACAAGAGGAAAACCGGAACCUGGAAGGCCUGCCCUUACAUCCUUGGAAAUGAAUGCUGUGAAAGAUUGGCGUACUAUGGAAUGAGCAGCAAUCUGAUGAUCUAUUUCACAAACCAACUCAAUCAGCAUACCGCUGAAGCGUCAAGAAACGUCUCAAAUUGGUCAGGAACAUGCUAUAUCAUGCCAUUAUUAGGAGCAUUUCUUGCUGAUUCAUAUCUUGGAAGAUAUUGGACGAUCGCCAGCUUCUCAAUCAUCUAUUUCAUUGGCAUGACACUUUUAACAUUGUCGGCGUCCGUCCCGGGCCUAAAACCCGCCUGCUCUGCUAAAGAUGUUUGCGACCCAACAGGCAUUCAGACAACAGUAAGCUUCCUUGCACUCUACCUGGUAGCACUAGGAACUGGAGGGAUCAAGCCGUGUGUCUCAUCCUAUGGAGCAGACCAGUUUGAUGAUGCUGAUGAAACUGAGAAGAACUUCAAAAGCUCUUUCUUCAAUUGGUUCUACUUCAGUAUCAACAUUGGGGCACUUGUUGCUUCAUCUUUUCUGGUCUAUAUACAAUUACAUGUCGGGUGGGGAUGGGGGUUUGGUAUACCUGCUGCAGCUAUGGCGAUAGCUGUGGUCUCCUUCUUUUCAGGUACACGAAUCUACCGUUAUCAGAUACCAGGAGGCAGUCCCUUGACUCGCCUAUGCCAGGUCUUGGUGGCAUCUCUGAGAAAAUAUAACGUUCCACUGCCUGCUGACAAAUCUCAACUCUACGAGGUUGCAGAUGAGACAAGUGCUAUUGUAGGCAGUCGCAAGCUUGAACACACAAAAGCCUUCAGUUUCUUUGACAAGGCAGCGGUGGAGACAGAAUCCGAUCGCACAAAUGAAUCAAAAGUAAGCGCUUGGAGACUUUGCACUGUGACACAAGUGGAGGAGCUAAAAUCAAUCUUAAGAUUGCUACCUGUUUGGGCCACUGGCAUUAUCGUUAGCGCUGUUUACAGCCAAAUGGGGAACUUAUUUGUGUUGCAAGCCGAGGUCAUGGAUACACAUUUAGGAAGCACUAGAUUCAAGAUCCCAGAAGCAUCCCUUAGUGUUUUCGACACUCUCAGUGUCAUUGUCUGGGUUCCAAUUUAUGACAAAAUAAUCACCCCCUUUGCCAGAAAAAUUACUGGUCAGAAAAAUGGCUUGACGCAGCUGCAGAGAAUGGGCAUUGGAAUGGUCAUAUCAAUUCUCGCCAUGGUAUCUGCGGCUGUUUUAGAGAUUGUUAGGCUUGGAAUAGUGAGGAGACACAACCUGUAUGAUGCAAAGCUGAUACCAAUUUCAGUAUUCUGGCAGGUUCCUCAAUACUUCAUAAUAGGCUGUGCAGAAGUUUUCAUAUUCAUUGGACAACUGGAGUUUUUCUAUGAACAAGCACCUGAUUCCAUAAGAAGCUUGUGCGCUGCUCUAUCGCUCACCACCGGAUCACUUGGUAGCUAUUUGAGUUCUUUGUUAGUGCAAAUUGUCACAAAAGCCAGCACCAGGGGUGGAAAACCAGGAUGGAUAGCGGACAACUUGAAUCAUGGCCAUCUCGAUUACUUCUUCUGGCUCCUAGCUGGGCUCGGGGUGCUAAAUUUUGGAGUUUUUCUUGCGGUUGCCCAAAGGUACACAUACAAAAAGGCGGUCGGAACUAAACUAUCCGCUGAUAAAUGA